AUGAAGGACGGAAGAGCUUCUCUGGACGGUGACGGAGCUUCUCCAGGCAGCCCAGCGCCUUACGUUGGCCAGCUUCGCCCGGGCGGUGAGUGCGUCCCUCCCCCCGCAAGAGUCUCUCUCCUGAGACGGACUUCCCGAUCGCUCAGGGCGUCGCCAUUGACAAGCUCCUCCGACAUUGGAUUUAUUUUGAGCCCGGUGGAGCUCGUUUCAUGGGAUUUAUCUGUUUCUUGUCAACCACCCCCGUCCCGCGCACAUCCGACGCAGUCGAACCCCGAUCGACCCCUACCACUACUCCCAUCAACUAUCGAUCCGGACUAUCUUGUCUACUAUAAUAAUGUCCGAGUCUCCGCCGCCCCCACCGUCUUGGAGCAUCGCCGGUAUGGCCAACAAUGCGGUCCAGUUCCUACGGUUGCCGGUGUUAGCUUCGUCCGGCCUGGCAGUGGUCGCGAGCGGUCUUUUAUAUUUCAAGCAGAAGUUUGUGACACUGACCACGUGUGCAGCGAGUUGAUCUAUCCUCGCAACGUCCCUGCUGAUGCACGAACCAAUGUCCCCAAGCCCCGCCAGUUCGGUGUCUCCGAUUACGAGGACCUCCAGAUCCCCACGCCGGACGGGGAGUCGUUACAUGCGCUGUUCAUUCGCCCGUCGAAGAAGCGCAUUACCCGGAACAUCACCGUCUUGAUGUUCCAUGGGAAUGCAGGCAACAUCGGACACCGGGUUCCCAUUGCCAGAGUUCUACAAGACGUCCUGGGAUGCAAUGUGUUGAUGCUGGAAUACCGAGGCUACGGGCUGUCGACUGGCGUGCCAGACGAGGCUGGGUUAAAGAUCGAUGCACAGACGGGCCUGGAUUACAUCCGACAGCGAGCCGAGACUAGCGAUUCCGACAUUGUUGUCUACGGCCAAAGUCUGGGCGGUGCCGUGGCGAUCAAUUUGGUCGCUGAGAAUCAAGAUGCCGGCGAUAUCAAGGGGUUGAUUCUGGAGAACACGUUCUUGAGUAUUCGCAAGCUGAUCCCUACGGUUUUCCCUCCCGCCCGUUACCUCGCUCGUUUCUGUCACCAGUAUUGGACCAGUGAAGAGAUCUUACCCAAGAUUACCAAGGUCCCUAUACUCUUUUUGAGCGGAUUGAAGGAUGAAAUCGUGCCACCCUCGAACAUGACGCAACUAUUCGCCAUUUGCACCGCGAGCCGCAAAGUCUGGCGCACUCUUCCGAACGGCGGACAUAACGACAGUGUGGCUGAACCAGGCUAUUUCGAACAUAUCCACUCCUUUGUCAUGGAAGAAGUCGUCGGUGAUUCUUCGUAG